CAUGGCUGAUGUAAUUAAUGUUGCAUAAAUGGAAGAGAUCGUUGGCUUGUGGAGUUUCUGCAUACAUAAAAUCUUCUCUGGGGAUUGAUGCUACAUCCUUCAAUGGUAAACAUCAAAGUUCACCGCCGCCCAGUUAUAGUUUAUAGGCCAAUACAGGCAUCUGACUUGGAGAUUCUUGAGAGAACUCAUGGCGAACUGUUUCCCAUAAGGUAUGAAUCCGAGUUCUUUCAGAAUGUUGUCAAUGGGAAAGAUAUUGUGUCAUGGGGAGCUGUUGAUCAAAGUCGUCCGAAUGAACAAAGUGACGAACUUAUUGGAUUUGUUACUGUAAGGAUUAUUCCAGCCAAAGACAGUGAGGUAGAAGAUUUAUUGAGCUUUGAGGCAUCAAGAACAGAUCAAACGUUAGUAUACAUCCUAACAUUGGGAGUCAUCGAUUCCUACAGGAAUCUGGGAAUUGCCAGUUCACUAAUCCAUGAGGUCAUAAAGUACGCCUCGAGUCUUUCAAGUUGCCGGGCUGUUUAUCUCCACGUGAUCUCAUACAAUAACCCAGCCAUACAUUUGUACAAGAAAAUGUCAUUUCAGUGUGUAAGGCGGCUGUACAAUUUUUAUUACAUCAACGGACAAUAUUACGAUUCCUAUCUGUUUGUCUACUACGUGAAUGGUGGUCGGUCUCCCUGCUCUCCGCUGUAAGUGGAACACUAUUGACUGAGACAAUGGGUACUUAAGAACCCGUCUCAUAUUCCUUUGUCUGCAUAAUAAC